AUGGCCCGGCUUGGUCCCCGCGCCUCUUUCCAGACUGCGAGCUCACUGGGCUCCGAGGUGGACUCGCAGGUCGAGUUCAUCUCUUUGGCGCUGGAACGACCUAACAGCCCAUCCUCGGGCACGGCAUUGAGCACGCACUGCGAAACGCAAGUCUGCAACGUGCAGCUGCUGGAUGAGGAAGAUAUCUACUUCCGUGUCAAUCUGAGAGAUGCGGAGAUGAGGCCCAUUCCCAUGUUGGUCACGAGAUCUACAGAGACGCAGACUGACUACUUGGACGCAGGAACCCGGACCGAAGCGACCCAGACGGAACUGGAGGCGUGGAGCCCUCUUGCGGAGCAGGUCACCCCAGCUGCGGCCGACCCAUAUGGCCGUGGAGAGUCAGGAGACGCAGCCGCCGGGUGUGUCGCCUUCCCGGAUAAGGCCGAGCAGAUCUUCGCAAAGCUGGACGCGGAGGGAGGCGAGGAGACAGAAGGAUGGAAUGGAAGUCCAGGGGGCGAUGGCAUUGGAGCUGAUGAGGCUGACGAGGUGAUAGUGGCAGAAAAUGUGGAGGCCAACGAUGGCCCGUCUCCUGACGACAUUUUGGUGCAGACAUCGCUUGUGACCCACAUGGAG